AUGACAGCAGCUGCUGGUCCCGAACAUCAUCAUCUUCAAUGGCCAAUUGAGACAACACCAUUGGCAUCUUCGUCGAGCACGGUGACGUCAUCUUCUUCAUCAUCCUCGUCUUCUUUCCGAACGCCAACAUCAACCAUUGUUUCAACUUCUUCUGGAGCAGUAGCAAUGCGUUUAGGCGACUUGAAGAGAGCUGUUGAAGAUGUCAUAUUGCGACCUGAGCAAAAUCCCAUUCAUAGCAUGCAGAAACGUGGCACGAUUGCUGCUUUAGACCUUUGCCAAUUAGACGCUGUAACCUCUACAUGUGAUGAUACUAAUGCUCCGUCGUCAUCAGAUUCCAUGAAUGCUUGUUCGUGCUCCUCAGCUAUGACUCACAAUCUUCGUCAAUCGCCUCAAUUAUGUACCAGCACUAGUCUCGACACUAUUGUCAAUCGUCCUCAACCUUUAUAUUUUCGACAUUCAGCCGGAGUGUCACGUAGACAAAGCAGGGUUCUGGUAUUUCCUUCAAAACGAAAACGGAGCAACUCUUUGACUAACUAUAAUAAAAGACAAGGUGUUUCUGUUUCUCUUCCUCCAUCAGCACGGCAAACUCCUCUUCGAUUUGGCGAAGAAAAUAUUUAUCGGAAUUCGCUUGGUUCGUCUGAAUCUCAUUCAUCUGUCUCUCGUAGCGAAGAUUUUUCUCAAGAUUUUAUGGCCGAAGAAGAUGAAACGUUAGCUUGUGCAUCAUUGGGAUAUCCAACAAUCGCCACGGGAAUAAUAGCUCCCGCAACAUCACCCGCUCCAAAUCCAUUCAUGGAUUUUCGUAAUCCCAAUCGAGAUUAUGAAGAAAUGGAUUGUGAUUAA